AUGGAUCCGGAGGUUAUCUCCAACUUCCUCUCCGAACAGCGAGAGGCUGCGCCAGAAGACCUACAGCAGAGCUUCUUGACGAUCGAGGACUACUGGGACCGAAAGCUGUGGCAUCAGCUCACCGAUGUACUUGUCGAAUAUUUCAAUACCAUUGCCAGCGCCCCGCAAAGACUGGCCCUGUUCCGCAAAUUCAUUCUGAGUUUCGCUGAGAAGAUAAAUCAGCUCAAAUUUGUGUCGUUGGGAUUCCUAGCAGCUUCGCAAUGUCAAGAUGACAAUGAGCGUCUCAGCUUCCUUACAGAUCUCACUAAGAAGGUCAACAAACCGUCGUCUCAAGAUGCCUACGUCUACGCCUUGGUAGCUGCGGCGGAGGUCAAGUUACAAUUGCAUGACUUGAGCGGUGCUCGUAAAGACCUCGAUACGGCAGAUUUAAUACUUGAUACGUUCGACUCCGUUGAAACCGAGGUCCAUGCGACGUUCUACCGCAUUAAUGCCAGCUACUACCAAGCCAACGAAGACUUCGGCGCCUAUUACAAGAAUGCUCUCCUCUACCUCGCCUGCAUCGACCUCUCUACACUUACUCAGACAGACGCCCAAUCCCGCGCUUACGACCUUAGCAUAGCGGCUUUAGUCUCUGAUGCCAUUUACAAUUUCGGGGAACUCCUGCUGCAUCCCGUUCUUGAGACUCUUGCGUCGACUGCCCACGCUUGGCUCAGAGAUCUCCUGUAUGCGUUCAACCGCGGCGAUCUGGCCGCUUACAGUGUCCUUGAAGCGAAUUUGUCCAAGGCCCCGCAGCUUGAGCAACAUAAAGAGUUCUUGUACCAGAAGAUCUCCCUGUCCGCACUUACGGAAGCAGUAUUUCGCCGUCCUCCACACGACCGGGCCAUGACAUUCCAUACGAUCUCGAGAGAGACGAACGUGGCGCCGGCGGAGAUCGAGAUAUUGAUCAUGAAGGCCUUGAGUUUGGGGCUUUUGAGGGGCAGUAUCGAUCAAGUUGCGGAGAUUGCACGGGUUAACUGGGUACAGCCAAAGGUGUUGGAUCCUGGGCAAAUCGAUGGGAUGAGGGUACGACUGAGAGAGUGGGAUAGCAGUGUCAAUCAGUUGGGGAAUUGGAUCGAGGGGGUAGGGAAAGACGUCUGGGCUGCUUGA